CCCAAAGUACAGUCGGGCGGGGCUUAGUUGCAAUAAUAAACUCAGAGGCUCUGGCGAGGUCCCUAUUCGCUCACUGUUUUGUCAAGAUUGGACCUUCGUGACCACCAAAGACUAAGUCGAAGUCUAAGAUAUGGCUCUGGUGAAGAGUGGCUGGCUGCAUCGACAAAGCAGAAUCUUGCGCCGGUGGAAGAGGAACUGGUUCGACUUGUGGGCUGAUGGCCAACUUGUCUUCUACAAUGAUCAAAACAGACGUGACAUGGAGGACGACCUGCACAUGAAAGUUGACUGCAUCAACAUCCGCAGUUCUGCAGCAUGUCAAGAGCUGAACCCACCAGACGGGAAGAUGCGUGACGCUUUGCUGCAGAUUGUUUGCCGAGAUGGACGUGUCAUCAGUCUGUGUGCUGACAGUUCAGAUGAUGCUCUGGCCUGGACCAUGGCCCUCCAGGAUGCAAGGAUUAAUGCUGUGGUGGCUCCUCCUCAGAUGGGCUUUGCGCAGGAAGUGAUGGCCUCAGCUCCUCCUCCGUACUAUGAGUACGCUCCCUCACCUCAGCAGGUUUACGCUCCAGGACCAUACGGAGAAUACGUGCCAGUUCCUCCUCAGCCCACUCAGAUCAUGUACACUGCUGAUGGGCAGCCCUACGCUGUCGCCAAUCCGUAUCAAUACCAGGCAGGUGGCUAUCCUGUUUCUAGUGCGAACCACGUUGUCAUUCACGAGCGCAGGCGUGGUGACGGAGAACAUAUAGCCAUGGGGAUGCUGACGGGGGCGGCCACAGGUCUGGCCCUUGGCUCUCUGUUUUCAGUCUUUUAAAGCCCUGUGUGCACCAGUAGAACACUGUCUUUUAUUUAUGCACCUUUUAACUUCCUCUCUGUGCAGUCAUACCAGAGUAAAAUUGUGUCAGGUACUUGCAGCUAUAGAGCAUGACUGAAGAGCAGGUGACUCACUUCCUGUCUUAGAAACGAGUAAAUAUACAAUAUGCUUUAUAUAUAAAUGAGCACUUUCUCACUUUGUGAAUAUGAAUGUUCUUCCUCCAAAAAAUCUUGUAAGAGAUUAACAUUGUUCAUUUCAGGUCUCAUUUCAUUUCACCUCAGUAUUGUUUUUUUCCUAUGUUAUUUUUAGCGGUUUUUACUGUACCUAGUUAUUUAAAUGUGGGGCGUCAAUUGUUUGUUCAACAUUUCUUGACAUUGUGUUUUAGUUAUUUGUGGUGCUCAAACAAAAAGCUCAUGCCCCCAUUUACCCAUGGCUCGAAGAUGUGUUGACAAUGCACUAAAUGCAAGUGCACAGUUUAGAUUGGGGUUAAUCAAACUCGCACUGGAUCUGGUCAAAGUUUCAGAGUGAAAACCCUCAUCACAUAACCAAGACCAAAUCAGAGUCUCUACCUACUGGUACCCAUUAUUGUGAAAUCCAGUGCGAGUCGGCUCUCGACCGCAUAGGUAUGUCAUUUUUGUGUCUGGAAAUCAAAAUGCAAUUGGGUGCCUUGACCAUGUGAUGAUGUUUAUCCCAUGAUAUCCAAUGACAAAAGUCGCAACGAGGUGGCCGUGUGUAAUGGGGGCCAAAGAGCUUCUGAGCAAAGCUGCACAAGCUCAGUUCAGUUCAGUUGUGCAUGCAAAUCUAGCUUUUGGUCACUGGCAGCUCAUGAGUCAAACGUUUCAUUUGAUCUGGUUUCUUUUGCUGGUUCACAUAUGUUCACCAUGUUUUUCUUCAAAGUUUCCUUUACAAUGUUAUGGGACUGCUUAGCUUUAGUAAUCAUGGAGAAGUGAUGCAAGUCAUAAAGUGUGUGAUCAAUAAUAUUUUUUCUAUACAAUGCUAAAAGAUGUGAAGAUAAACAGAAGUCUGGUUUUAUUCUCUUAACAGAUUAAAUAUAUGUUGCACUUAACAGCAAAUGUACACAUCCAAAGCGUAUUUUAACAAAUAAAUAUAGUGACCCAAAGAUUGUUGACUCUUGGUUU